AUGGAACAAUACGACGUGGCAGUAAUCGGCCUCGGCGUCCUAGGCAGCGCAGCCGCCUACCACGCCGCCCAAAAAGGCGCCAAAGUACUCGGCCUCGAGCAAUUCGAACUGGGACAUACGCGCGGCGCCUCACACGACACGUCACGAAUCGUGCGGACAUCCAACUUCCUUCCGGAAUACGUGUCUCUCGCCAAAUCGGCUUACAAGGACUGGGCCGCGCUAGAGAAAGCCGUCGACCAGCACCUGCUCAGCAUCACUGGCGGUGUUGUCUUCUUCCCUGAUGAAGAAGGGGCUAGCAUGAACGCUGCCGAUUUCACAAGUAGUCUCGAUGCAAAUGAUGUGCCCUAUGAACUGCUCGAUGCCGCACAGGUUAAAACCCGCUGGCCGCAGUUUGAUAUCGCUGACUCGGUGAAGACGGUGUACACAGCCGACACGGGGAUCGUGCAUGCGUCCAAGGUUGUCACUGCGAUGCAGUAUGUUGCUCGUGGGCAUGGCGCAGUUCUUAAAGACCGGACGCCCGUUGAGCGUGUCACGCCUCAUCCCUCGGGGAAGGGAGUGAUCAUCUCAACAGCCACGGGCCAGGAAUUCCACGCUGCAAAAGCAAUCCUCACGACAGACGCUUGGACGAACACGCUCCUCGCACCGCUGGGCGUGCACAUCCCUCUCUCUGUUAUGCAGGAACAGAUCACAUAUUUCAAGCCGACGGACGUAUCUUCCUUUGAGUCCUCCAAGUUCCCCGUCUGGAUCUGGGGCGGACGAGAAUGCUACUACGGCUUCCCCUGCUACGGCGAAACGACCAUUAAGGCAGGGCGCGAUGUCGCGAACAACUUUAUGACGCCCGCUGAGCGCACGUUUGUGCACUCGCCGCGGUUAUUGGGCGAGUUGUGCUCCUUUAUGGAUAGCACUAUGCCUGAUAGUGGGCGCGAGGCGCUCAGGACCGUAACGUGUCAGUAUACCAUCACCCCGGAUCGGCAAUUUAUCAUUAGUCCGUUGGAGACUUGUAAGGAUGUGAUUUUGGGGUUGGGCGCGGCGCAUGCUUUCAAAUUCGCGCCGGCUUUUGGGAGAGUGCUUGCUGAGCUGGCGAUUGAUGGAGUGACGAAGGAGGAUAUUUCUACGUUCGGGAUUCCUAAGAGUGCGACUUGUACUAGCAAGUUGUGA